AUGGAUUCAUAUGAUGCAGUUCGUGAUUUGCAUGCAUGGAGGGCCGACUGGAACAUUGGCGUCAAGGUCUUGAGACGAUGGUUUAUUGUUCAUCGAAACAGGAAUCCAGGCUUAGCAUUCGUUUUCGUUGAUGAACAUGGCUCUAGAAUUUAUGGUACUUGUGGUGCUACAUGUUAUGAGUACUUCGAGAGGGUUUGCCCUGAAGGAGGAUGGAUCACUCUCAACUCGGAGACCAAGGCUUCACGGAUCAGGCCAUUGUCUGAAGAUCCCUUCAUGAAUUUCGUUGAUUUUGAUGAGAUUUAUAAUCGUCCCUAUAAUCACUUGUACCCAGUUGAUCUUAUUGGAGUGUUGGUGAAUGUUGGUGAACUCUUAACAUCUGAGUCCUCAAAUGGAAGUACUGAAAAAACGCUGAAGUUCACUAUCAAGAAUCUUGAGGAUCGGACUGUUAAUUGCUUGGCUCAUGGUGAUUUCGCUGUUGAUAUCAAGAACCAGACUGUAGGCGUAGAUGGUCCGGUUGCGAUUUGUGUAUUGACGGAUUAUAUGGUCAACAAAUAUCAAGAUGAAAUAACCAUCCAUGAUCAUGAGAAUAUUGGCUUUUCACGUUUCUUUGUUACUCCACCUAUUGAUGAGGUUCUCAUCUAUCGUAGGAAGUAA